UAAAAAAAAAGUAAAGGGAAAUGGCCCGUACCAAGCAGACUGCCCGUAAGUCCACCGGUGGCAAAGCUCCACGUAAACAGCUGGCUACCAAAGCUGCUCGAAAAAGCGCUCCCUCUACUGGUGGAGUCAAGAAACCUCAUCGCUACAGGCCUGGUACUGUGGCGCUGCGAGAGAUUCGUCGUUACCAAAAGUCCACGGAACUUUUGAUUCGCAAGCUUCCAUUCCAGAGGCUGGUAAGGGAGAUUGCUCAAGACUUCAAGACAGACUUGAGGUUCCAGAGUGCAGCCAUUGGUGCUCUGCAGGAGGCUAGUGAAGCAUAUCUGGUGGGUCUCUUUGAAGACACGAACCUGUGUGCCAUCCAUGCCAAGAGAGUCACCAUCAUGCCCAAAGACAUCCAGUUGGCUCGUAGGAUACGGGGGGAGAGGGCUUAAGAGGAGGCAGUUUUUAUGGUGUUUUGUAGUAAAUUCUGUAAAAUACUUUGGUUUCAAUUUGUGACUUUUUUUGUAUGAAAUUGUUUAUAAUAUGUUACAUUUGUACUUAAGUCAUUCCAUCUUUCACUCAGGAUGAAUGCUAAAAGUGACUGUUCACAUAAAAACUCAGUGAUGUGAGCUUUGUUGCUCAACAGUGACAAGUUGCUAAUAUGCAGAAGGGAUGGGUGAUCUUUCUUGCUUUUCAUGCAUGUUUCUGUAUGUUAAUGACUUGUUGGGUAGCUAAAAUUGUAAGGUACUAGAAUUGAUAUAAAUGUGUACAGGGUCUUUUUGCAAUAAAACUGGUUAUAACUUGA